GCAAAUUUAUAGCCAAAUCGUUUGGAAAGGGAAGGGAAGAGAGGAAAAAGAAAGAGCUUCCGAGCCCCUUUGAAAAAUCACUUUGCAGACGGAGAGAAACCAAAGGCUGAAGAAGAAGCAAGAAGAUGUUGAGAGUUGCUGCGAGGAGGCUCUCUUCUCUAUCUACUACGCCGACAUGGAAGCCCGCUCCCUCCGCCUCGGCUUUCUUCUCCGGCCGGAACCCUAUCGUCGGUUCCGAAUCCUCUCCCUCCGAGGACCUCAGAUGCGCCAGCUUCAGCUCCUCCUUCUUCAGGCGGCCUGACUUCCACCUUCAUCACCGAGGUUUUGCCUCUGAGUCGCUCGCACCAAGGAAGGAGGACAGUGUGGUUCCUGAUGUCCCAGCAACUGUGACUGCCAUCAAGAACCCCACUUCGAAGAUAGUCUAUGAUGAGUACAACCAUGAGAGGUUCCCUCCUGGUGACCCGAGCAAGCGUGCAUUCGCUUACUUUGUUCUGUCAGGUGGCAGAUUCGUGUAUGCUUCCCUGAUCCGUCUCCUCAUCCUCAAGCUUGUGCUGAGUAUGUCCGCGAGUAAAGAUGUUCUUGCCCUUGCUUCUCUCGAAGUUGAUCUUUCCAGCAUCGAGCCCGGAAGCACCGUGACUGUGAAGUGGCGUGGAAAGCCCGUCUUCAUCAGGCGCCGAACUGAGGAUGACAUUAAGCUCGCAAACAGCGUCGAUGUGGGCUCUCUUCGUGACCCUCAGCCUGAUGCUGAGAGAGUUAAGGAUCCUGAGUGGCUCAUUGUGAUUGGAGUGUGCACGCACUUGGGCUGCAUUCCUUUGCCUAAUGCUGGAGACUUUGGUGGAUGGUUCUGCCCAUGCCAUGGUUCCCACUACGAUAUCUCGGGCAGGAUUCGUAAGGGCCCUGCACCAUACAACCUGGAGGUACCCACCUACUCCUUCUUUGAUGAGAACAAGCUACUGAUUGGUUGAGUCAGGUGGCCAGGGGGUGAUUUCAUGACAAACAUGUCGCGCUCCUUUUCGAGAUCUUUAUUUUUUAUAAUUUAACUAGAUAAUGUCGAAGAUUGUUGGCUUUUGUGGUGAUGUACUGUUCUUUGCAGCUUCCCUUUCAGGGUAACUUUAGAAAUGUUUUGUACAUUUCCUUCGGGACACAACUGCUCCGGGCAUUUCGCCUUGAUUUAUGAAUAAGCCUUAUACUAUCUCCAUUGAAGA